AUGAGUUCCCACCGAUCGGCCUCCACCACUCCGGGAUCGAGCACCAAUACCUCCUCGGCCAUCCGCUCGCGCACCCGCCGCCUGGUCUCCUUGACCGAGGACGACGACGACGAUGUGAAUGGGAAGCCGCUGCAGUCCUCGGGGCUGUCCUUUCUCUCCCCCGACCUGCCCCCCACGCGCUCCGGCCGCUCGACCCCCUCCUCCCAACCCUCCCGCGGCAUCUCCCCGGUUCCGAUGAGCCACCCCUCACGGGCCACCUCUCCACCCAACCGUGCCUGGUCCAAGGAUUCUUUAGGAUUCCUCGAUUCGUCGUGGUCGUCCCUCCAGAGUUUGGCGUCGUCGUUCCUCGGCAGCGACGUCGCCCACCCGGCCCCCAACGGAGACCCCCGGGGUCACGUUCGGAAACCGUCUCGCCCUGAUCCGUAUUCGAAAGCCCCGACGCCCGCGUCCGCUCCGUCGGCGUGGGGUCCGUCCGCCCCCGCGUCGCCCGAAAUCGGAGCCGGGACCCGGGAAGAACGGCGAGCGCUGGUGCAGGCGAAGAAGCGGGAGGCGCUGUUGCUGGCCGAUCCGGUCCCAACAUGGAGUCGGGAUCGCCGACACAAGAGACGGGAUUCCUGUGACCAGACCGGGCACUCGGCCAUUGACCCGGAGCAAGACGAGGAGGCUCUGGCCUACAUCCACCAUGUGCAGCCGACGGACAGCAUCACGGGCGUGACCAUCCGGUAUGGCUGUCAACCGGCAAUCUUUCGGAAAGCCAAUGGCUUCUGGCCGAGUGACAGCAUCCAAGGCCGCAAGACCGUCCUCCUGCCGGUCGAGUCCUGCACCGUGAAGGGUCGACCGAUCCCACCGCCGACGCCACCGUUGAAAGGCAACGGUGCCGAACAGGAUUCCCUAGAAGACCUCAAGGGCAGCUCGAUUGUGCCGUCGACGACCUCGGGCGAAAGCACGCCGCAACACGCCUCGUUCCCGGAGACGGCGGUCGAAGUCGAGGCGGAUCGAGUCUGGAAGCACGAAUCAAUGGUGCAAAUCGAUGGGUUCUCCGCCCCGGUGGAGAUCGGCCGCGUCCCUCGGAGAGCCCUUGGGUUUUUCCCUCGGACUCGGCGGAAAUCGGUGUCAACCACUGGCUCUGCGCGGCCGUCGACCACUGCCCGAGGGCGAACAGACACCACAUCCACAUCCUCGUCACCCAUCGAGCCGCCGUCGUCUGCAUCGACCCCGUCCGGGAUUCCGUCGUCGCCGACUGCGUCCCGGGCCACCCAGUCGCCCCUGUCCGGGGGACACCGUCGUCAGCGGAGCAAUAUCCAGCUCACCGUGCCGGGAGUAGGCACUCUGGAUCGUAAUGCGACGGCUCCCGGGCCGGCUCCCGACGGGCUGAGCAAGUUCUUCGCCCAGCACAUGCCUACGUUGGCCCCUCCCACUCCGGCCCCAGACUUUCGGGACUCCUCCGAACACCUCUCAACCUCAGUUUCGAACGCAACCACGGGGCUGGAGAAUCUCGGCGGUGCCUUCGAGGGGUGGAUGCGCAAGGUGACCACGCGAGCGAAGAACAGCCUGGGGGAGCUCCAGCGGGCGCAGAGCUACCAGACCAGUGCCCCGGGUCGGACCGGUGGACGACGCGGGGAUCUAAUCGAACUGAACGACGGCAUGGAGUCCCGGAACUCGUCACGGGACUCGGCUUUCCUCGCGGACCCACGUGGACGGGCUGACUUCAACCGCAGCAGCUCCAGCUUCCACGAUGGAGCGACGCGGCGAGGGUUGUCGAACCCAUCGUCGACCAGCACGAGCCGGACUCGUGUGGGAGACCGGUACAAAGACGAUUAG